UAUUCAUUUCCGGUUGCCGGUUAGUCACUCGCAUUCUCUUUCUCCUCUGAUGUCGUCAUUAUCUUAGUGUUUAAUCUUUCUUCAAAAUUCAGGCAAUCGCACUCUUCGCUGUCACUAAUCUACCAAAUUUCCCACCAACAAUUUUCGCUCGCCGUGGAUCUGAGAGCCGGAAGAAGUUAUCGUGCCGCCGUCCAUGGAGGAGGCAUUGGAGUUGACGCGCGCAAAGGAUGCCAAGGAGAGGAUGGCGGGCGUGGAGCGCCUCCACCAGCAUCUAGAAGUUUCCACGAAGAGCCUCUCGUCUUCAGAGGUCACGGUGUUGAUGGAUGUUUGCUUGGAUCUUCUCAAGGACAGUAACUUUAGGGUUUCUCAGGGAGCUCUCCAAGCGCUCGCCUCCGCCGCCGUCCUCUCCGUCGAGCAGUUGAAGCUCCACUUCAAUGCGCUUCUGCCUGCGGUGGUCGAGAAGUUGGGAGAUGCUAAACAGCCUGUUCGGGAGGCGGCCAGGCGGCUGCUGCUCACUCUAAUGGAGGUCUCCUCACCGACAAUUAUUGUUGAGAGGGCAGGGUCUUAUGCUUGGACACACAAAAGCUUUAAAAUUCGGGAAGAAUUUGCUCGUACUGUUACAUCGGCAAUUGGUCUUUUUGCAUCCACAGAGCUGCCCCUUCAAAGGGCUAUUCUUCCUUUUAUUUUGCAACUCUUAAAUGACCCAAACCCUGGUGUCACAGAAGCUGCUUUAGUGUGUAUUGAGGAAAUGCAUAAAAAUGUUGGACCUCAGUUUCGUGAUGAACUUCAGCGUCAUGAUCUUCCUCUAAUGAUGUUAAAAGAUAUUUAUGCAAGACUAGAGAGGAUUGAGCCCAAAACUAAAACUGCCAAUGGACGCACUAGUAACUAUCCUGCCCAUGAUAUAGGAUCUCUGAACCAUAAUCCCAAGAAAAGCAGUCCUAAGGCCAAGAAUUCAACACGGGAUGCAUCUCUUUUUGGAGGAGAUGGUGAUAUGACUGAAAAACCUGUUGACCCAAUCAAAGUAUACUCUGAAAAGGAACUCAUAAAGGAAUUUGAGAAGAUUACCUCCACCCUUUCACCAGAGAAGGAUUGGUCUAUCCGUAUUGGUGCCAUGCAGAGAAUAGAAGGACUUGUAACUGGAGGUGCUGCCGAUUACGCAUGCUUUCUUGGACUUUUGAAGCAACUUGUUGGCCCUCUGAGCACACAGUUAUCUGAUCGGAGAUCCAGCAUAGUAAAACAGGCAUGCCAUUUGUUAAACUUUCUAUCUAAAGAGCUUCUGGGAGAUUUUGAGCCAUGUGCUGAGAUGUUCAUUCCGGUGCUUUUCAAGCUUGUUGUGAUAACUGUACUUGUUAUUGCUGAAUCAGCUGAUAACUGCAUCAAGACAAUGCUGCGUAACUGUAAAGUUGCUCGGGUACUUCCUCGUAUAGCAGAGUGUGCAAAGAAUGAUCGUAAUGCUGUUCUUCGUGCUAGAUGCUGCAGCUAUGCACUUCUAAUACUAGAGCAUUGGCCUGAUGCACCUGAGAUACAACGCUUAGCUGAUCUCUAUGAGGACCUUAUAAGAUGUUGUGUUGCAGAUGCAAUGAGUGAGGUACGAUCAACCGCAAGAACUUUAUACAGAAUGUUUGCAAAAACUUGGCCAGAUCAUUCCAGGCGCUUGUUUUUAUCCUUUGAUCCUGUCAUCCAAAGGAUUAUAAAUGACGAAGAUGGUGGUAUACAUAAACGACAUGCUUCUCCUUUUCGUGACAGGAGUUUGCGUACAGUCACUCCACAAACAUCUGCUUCGUCACACCGUCCUGGUUCUGGGACCUCUGCGAUAGUUGCAAUGGAUAGAAGUGCGAGUUUGCCCACUGCGACACCUCUCUCCUCUGGAUUACUCCUGUCACAGAUGAAACCUGUGGCUACAGGCACAACACGUAGCUUGGAAAGUGUACUGCAUGCCAGCAAACAGAAAGUUUCUGCUAUAGAAAGCUUGCUUAAAGGCCGGGAUGCAUCUGGGAAAAUCCGUUCAUCAAGUCUGGAUCUAGGAGUUGACCCACCAUCUUCUCGUGAUCCACCUUUCCCCCCUGCAGUUCCCGCAUCAAGUAGUCUUGCAAAUGCCUUAUUAAUAGAUACACCAUCUGGUAUCUCGAAAGGCAAUAAUCGCAAUGGUGGGUUGGGUUUGUCUGACAUCUUCUCACAGAUCCAGGUUUCAAAAAAUUCUGCUAAAUUCUCAUACCUUAGUAAUGUUGGAAAUGAACCAAUAUCAACAGUUUCAUCCCACUUGACAAGAAGAGCUUCUGAAAAGCUACAGGAAAGGGGUUUUCUUGAAGCGAAUGCUGAUGUUAGGGAGACCAGGCGAUAUAUGAAACCACAUGUUGACAGGCAAUACUUAGACACACCAUAUAGAGACACUAACCUUAGGGAUUCCCACAGUAAUUAUGUUCCAACUUUUCAAAGACCUUUAUCAAGAAAAACGGCAGGACGUGUGUCCGCUAGCAGAAGGAGCCUUGAUGAUAGCCAGCUCCCUUUGGGUGAUAUGCCAGGCUAUGCAGAUGGUCCCACUUCGCUUGGUGAUGCAUUAAGUGAGGGUCUCAGUUCAACUUCAGAUUGGAAUGCCAGGGUUGCUGCUUUCAAUUAUCUUCACUCCUUGCUGCAACAAGGCUCUAGAGGUGUUCAAGAAAUAAUUCAGAGUUUUGAGAAGGUGAUGAAGUUGUUUUUCCAGCACCUUGAUGAUCCACAUCAUAAAGUUGCGCAGGCAGCUCUCUCAACACUUGCAGAACUUAUCCCUGCUUGCAGAAAACCAUUUGAAAGUUACAUGGAGAGGAUUUUGCCCCAUGUGUUCUCACGUUUAAUUGAUCCAAAGGAAUUAGUGAGGCAACCCUGCUGUACUACAUUGAAUAUGGUUAGCAAAAUUUAUGGUAUAGAUUCCCUUUUACCAGCUUUGCUUCGCUCACUGGAUGAACAGCGUUCUCCGAAGGCAAAGUUGGAAGUUAUUAACUUUGCAAUUGGUGCUUUCAAUAAGCAUCCUUCAAAUUCCGAAGGGGCUGGUAACACUGGCAUCCUCAAGUUAUGGCUUGCCAAAUUGACACCAUUGGUCCAUGAUAAGAAUACCAAACUUAAGGAAGUAGCUAUUACAUGUAUUAUAUCAGUUUACACACACUUCGAUGCAACAGCAGUUUUGAAUUUCAUUACUAGCUUAUCGGUUGAAGAACAAAACUCCUUGAGGCGUGCCCUGAAACAGAAUACACCUCGUAUUGAAGUGGAUCUAAUGAGCUUUCUUCAGAAUAGGAAAGAGAAGCAGCGGUCCAAGUCCUCAUAUGAUCCAUCUGAUUUUGUUGGAACAUCUUCUGAAGAGGGAUUUGUUGGAGCUUCAAAGAAAAGCCAAUUAUUUGGAAGGUAUUCUGGUGGUUCAGUUGAUAGUGAAGGUGGCAGAAGGUGGAACACUCUUCUGGAUUCAACUUAUACCACAGGUUCUGUUGGUCAUGCAGUAUCUAAUGAUACUAGAGACCUUUAUCACAGUGUGGAAACUGGUUCUAACAACACUAUCCCUACUUCUAAAUCCAAGGAUUUGAAAUAUGAGACUAACGCCACUUGUGAAAAUAUUGAAGCAUGUGCUAGACAACUUGAAUCAAAGGAUAAUGGUUCAGACAUAGAACCCAUCUUCAGUCUUCAUCAAGCCAUCAAUGGGCACACUGACCAUCAAUGCAUCACAACAGUUGUUGAAGCUGAUAAUGAUCCUUCACCUGAUCAAUCUCUUAGCCAUAUCAAACUUGCAGCACAGGAGGAGAAUUCCGCUCCAGAAACUGGACAUAGCAUCCCUCAGAUUCUUCAAGUGAUUUGUAAUGGAAAUGAUGGAAGCCCUGCAGAAAACAAGCAUGUUGCACUCCAACAGUUGGUUGAAGUUUCUGUGGCUAAUGAUCAAUCUAUGUGGAACAAGUACUUUAAUCAGAUUUUGACAGUAGCACUUGAGGUUCUACAUGAUUCUGAGCCAUCGAUAAGGGAACUUGAUCUAUCUCUGAUUGUUGAAUUGUUGAAGAAUCAGAAAGAUUAUAUGGAGGAUUCCAUUGAGAUUAUAAUUGAAAAAUUGCUUAAUGUUACCAAGGAUGGUGCUUCUAAAGUUGCAAGUGAAGCAGAACACUGUUUGACUAUAGUGUUGUCUCAAUAUGAUCCAUUCAGAUGUCUCAGUGUUAUCACUCCUUUGCUUGCUACUGAAGACGAGAAGACUCUUGUAACCUGUGUAAACUGUUUGACUAAGCUCGUAGGCAGGCUCUCUCAGGAGGAGUUAUUGUCUCAAUUACCUUCAUUCUUGCCUGCUCUGUUUGAUGCAUUUGGGAACCAAAGUGCUGAUGUGCGGAAGACCGUCGUUUUCUGUUUAGUUGACAUAUACAUCAUGCUCGGAAAAGCAUUUUUACCAUACUUGCAAGGGCUCAACAGCACACAAUUGAGGCUAGUGACAAUUUAUGCAAACCGGAUAUCACAGGCCCGAACAGGUACUCCCAUAGAUGCUACCCAAAAUUAGAUGAAGGUUUUGUUUUUUUUUUUUUCAAUGUCUUGUAGGUGGAGUGAGUCGCCGCCUCUAGUGAUUCAUAAGGCUUCUCUCAUGUAUAGCGUGAAUGUGCUGUCCUUUUCGAGUGGUAACGUUUUUUAUUGGUUUUUUCUCUAACGUAAUUUUUAUCUUUCAUUUUUCAAAUCAGUUAGGUUUUAAAGCAGAGUUGCAACUUUUAUGUACUUUCAUGAAUUCCAAAAUCGAACUAAACUUCGUAAUCUGAUGUUGAAACAUGAAUAUGAUAAAAGAUUGUUCUGGUAUUA